AUGUUGUUACAGGGAGGUCACGUGGAUACUGCCUCAUAUCGCUUGGCUGCUUUUGACAAGGACUGGACCCUGGAUGUAAAACGAAAUAAGGAACUUAUUCCUCCAUCUUUUGCUGUUCGUACAUUUGCAAAUGAUGGGUCGGAAAUUAUUCAAAAGGGCGUAGCUGAUCAUUGUCAUUAUCAGGGCUCCAUCCGGGGUUUAAAGGAUUCUUAUGUUGUCCUUAACACUUGUUCCGGACUGAGAGGAAUAAUAGAUGAUGGCCGUGAGACAUUUUACAUCAAACCUGAGAUUGGAAAAGAAGAGCAUGGAAUUCACAGAGUUAGCAAAGCCAAAGAAGACGAAUUUAAAGACAUUGUCGAUAAGUGCGGAAACAAGGAAACACAGGCAGACUCUCGUUCUACGAACGAAAAUUUAGGCCCAUUCUCACGGAUAAGACGAAGCAUAUCGGGUGACAUCGAUGAAUUCUACAAACCAUUUCUGACAACAGAUGAGACACGAUACAAUGAGCUCGCGAUUUGUGUGGAUUUUGAAAUGUACAACAAUCAUAACAAUGAUACCAAAGCUAUCACAGACCGAGUUACUACUUUAGUAAAUGCUGUUGAUGCGGUAAGAAAUCUUAAAACUAUCAUUGGUCCUUAUGUGACUGUUGCCCAUGAAAUGGGUCAUAACUUUGGAUUCGCUCAUGACACAGGGACCUGCAAGUGCUUAACUCCGCGAGGCUGUAUCAUGGGAGGUCACAAGACCAGACUUCCAGGAUUUUCAAAUUGCAGUUUAACGUCGCUGCAAAGGGUUAACGAUGCUUGCUUGUACAACGUGCCAACUUACAAGGCUGUCAACGGUUACUGUGGAAACGGCAUACGCGAAGAAGGAGAGGAAUGUGACUGCGGUACUCCAGAGAUGUGUGAGGCCCGUGAUCCUUGCUGCGAACCCCACAAUUGUGUUCUCAAAGAGGAGUCACAGUGCAGUGACCUACAUCAUUCUUGCUGCAAAACUUGUUUUACUCUUCUUUAGUUUAAGAAACAAGGAAAAUUAUGUCGCGCAGUCCAGUCAGAUUGUGACGUUCCAGAGUACUGCACUGGUGAUUCAAGAGACUGUCCAGAGGAUUCUUACAUCAUCGAUGGAUAUCCUUGCGACCAGACUAAAACAGUAAUUCAGGGAAACACCAACUUCUACAGUAUUAAGACAAGAGACUUGAACCCAAAAGUCACUGCUCGAUAUCUUCGUAUCAAUCCUCAGUACUGGAAAGGCUGGCCUUGUCUGAGAACUGAUUUCAUGGGAUGUUCUAAAGAUGAAGCAAGUCCAACAGAGCCGACACCACUGAGGUCUUAUUACUUAAACCUUUGCCUCACUACGAGAAGCAAGAAUUGCACACCAGAUGACAACGAUCUCUUAGAAUAUGCAUCAGGUGAUCUUUGCUUAGAAAGUCAUUUUCAAUUUACCCUUGGAGCAGACGGGGUGUUGCGCCACACUUGCAGUGGGAAAAUGGUUUGUCCUGAAAAUGGCGGUACACGUAAUGGUGUGAGGAUUGUUGUCAGUAGUACCUGUACACUUGAAGACUCCAAAUUUGAAAGAACUUCAGGUAAGAAAUAAAGAGGGUCGGCAUGUUUUUCAUACAAAAAACGAGUAGCGAUUUCCCAAAAAGAGGUAUGUACAUGAUUAAUGUGUAUGUAUUUAUUCCAUAUCGUAACAUGUUUUAUCGUUCUAGAUUGUGUAGAGCCACUCGGAAUGCAGAACGGAGAGAUCAAAGACAGCCAGAUCACUGCUUCCUCCGCCGGAAAGAAUGAACCUGCUUAUAAUGCAAGGCUCAAUUUAGAGGGAAAAAGUUGGUGUGCUGCAGAGAAGAGUAAAAGCGAGUAUUUACAAGUUGAUCUUGGAGAGAUCAAAACUGUCAGCAAAGUCCUCAUACAGGGAAAAGGGACCUGGAGGCACUGGGUGACUGGCUUCUUCUUACACUACAGUGAUGAUGGUCAGCGGUGGGCAAGUUAUUCUGAGAGUGGGGACAAACAGCACUCUAAUUCCCACUGUUAUCUUGGCAAGUGCAGCGAAAUUCUUGAAACUCAGUGCAAGGACUUAUGGGGAGCUACCGCCCAAAGCGCUGAUCAAGGAUGCUACGAAAAACUGAACACUGAGGCCGCUGGAUAAGGUACAUGUGAUCCAGCAACCAAUUCAUCAUGCACUGCAAGUGACGUCUUAUGUGGCCAACUACAGUGUGAGGACAGCAAAACCAAACCAGUUGUUGACUAUGGAAGGUCAUAUACCAAAAUACGUUUGGAUGAUGGGAAUAAAUGCAGUGCUGCAGUCUUGAAGUUAGAUGACGAAAUCGGUCAAGGAAUGGUUAGGGAAGGAACAAAAUGUGGAAUCAAUAAGAUGUGCAUCGAUUACAAGUGCCAGUCAUUUGAUGAUCUCGGUAUCAGUGUCCGCUGUCCGUCGGUCAACAACGAGGAGUGCGCAGGAAGAGGGAUCUGUACUAACAAAAAGGAAUGCCAUUGUAAGGGAGGAUUUGAUCACAGAGACAGUUGUAACUCAGAACUUAUACCUCGUGAUGGAGCCUGGGGUGACUGGUCCUCAUGGACUGAGUGUGAUAAGGGCUGUGAUGGUGGAAAGAGAAGAAGACAUCGGUUCUGCAACAAUCCCUUUCCCCUACAUGGAGGAGCUGACUGCCCAGGAGAACGACACGAAAAGGAGGGCUGCAACACAGAGAGUUGUCCUGUGGUAAUUUCAUGCCAUCACUUACAGAAAGUUGGGAAAGAACAGAAUCAUGACUAUCCUGAUGGCGUCUGCAAGAUUUACCCCACAGGCCCUCAGCCAAUCAUGGCAUACUGUGAUAUGUCACGUGAUGGUGGGGGAUGGACACUAUUGGUCACUAGUCACACCAACGGCUGGACGGCAGAAAAUGUGAGGUUAAAAAACUCGAACUCUCCAAAGCUUACUAAUGAUUAUUCCAUCCUGCAGUAUGCAGACAGUAUUAAGGAUAACAUCAACGUGGCUGGAUCCAAGUUUGAAUAUCGACUAGAGGCGCAAAGUCCAGACCGUUGGGGAGGUGUAUGGAAGGCUCCAAGAGGUUACACUUUCACCGCUGAGGACAACAAACAAACAAGAGUUGAGCUUCUCAAGAAAUUUGACAAUUGGAAAUAUGCAAACAGUGGUAUUGAACAAAGAAUGCCAUGGAUUUCCGGAGCAAGGUUAACAACCUCAGAAGAUGCUUUUUACAAAUGGGAAGGAACAAUAACAGGUGAUGAUAAAGGUUAUCAUCCCGCUCCUUGGAUCAAAGGUCACCUAAUGGAGCAUCAGCCAUCAUAUAUCUGGUACUGGAUGAGAGAAGGACCUUACAAAGUUCCUACUUCUUGCAAAGAAGUAUACUUCAGGGGGCUUUUGUCAAAGUCAGUGUCAGAUGGCUUAUUCUCAAUCAAACCUCCUGGACAGCAUGAAGUCAAAACGCUCUGUGAUUUCACAAGCGAAGGAGGACCCUGGACACUACUUGUGACAAGUAAGAACCACCGGGGGUGGGACGAAGACAACAUCAAAGAAAGAAACUCAGACAAACCUUCCUUACAAGACGACUAUUCCAUACUGGGGCUUGCAGACGCCAUAAAGGACUCUGACAAAGCUCAGGAAUUAUUUCAAUACAGAAUGGAAGCCGAUGACAAAAGAAGCUGGGGAGGGAUAUGGGAAGCACCACGUGACUACACAUUCCUAGCUACCAGCGACGAACAAACCAACGUGAGAAUUGUAAAGAAGUUUGACUCUUGGGAUGAGAAGAGCAACUUAGGAAAGCGCAUGCCCAGACUGGGAUUAUCUGGCGAUCUGUUAUUAACCAGUGCAUCAACUGUGGAUGAACCUUCAGGGUCCUUGGUGUAUAACAGUAGCGCCAGCUCCGCCUCGUAUCUACAGCAAGAGAAGCCAAACCCGCGUGUCGUGAGAUACUGGAUGAGAGAAGGAGCGAGGCUGUCUUGCAAUGACCAUAAAAUACAUGGAGUGAGAGCUGGUAUCAAGUACGAAGAGGAUAGCUUCCAGCUGAUUAAAGUCAGUGAUACCCAGUAUCUCCCGGUUUACUGCGAUAUGAUAACAGCUAAAGGAGCUUUCACUCUUAUUGUAACGAGUGCUCACAACAAUUGGACCCGGGAACAGGUCCCUCACAGAAAUGAACUACAUCCAGGGUUGAACCGAGAUUACUCAAUUUUAGACUUAGCAGAUGGUAUUAAAGACCUCAGUAGUAAUGGAACAUUCCAGUACAUGUUGGACGCUAAUACUCGGCGUCAUUGGGCUCCUACUUCCUACAGGUUGGAUAUUGACAAAGAUGUUUGA